AUGGAUCUAUUGGAAGCUGCACAGCCUCACUGCCAGGCUUCAUUUGACGUGCGAGCCUUGUGGGCUGACCGAGAAGCUUUAUCUCGUCAGCUUCUUCUUAUCAUCUUCAAUUCCCCGCCUAUAGCCCUGGAAGCGAAUGGGUUACAUCUCGCGAAUAAAGUCCGAGAUAUCGCAGCGAGUCUCCUGUCUUGUCCAUUACAUCCAGACGAUCCGAUAUCGAAGCAGGUUGCCGACUAUGUUCGACAAUCUACGGACAUAUUGUCACGACUGGACAGCAGUGAGGGGAUCAAUACGAUGCAUCUCCCAACUUGGGUGGACACUGAUCGAAUUCCCGGUGGAUGA